AUGGUCAACUUCACGAUCGACGAGAUCCGGCAGCUUAUGGACAAGCCGACGAAUGUCCGUAACAUGUCCGUUAUUGCCCACGUCGACCACGGAAAGUCCACCCUGACCGACUCCCUUCUGGCCAAAGCCGGUAUCAUCUCCACCGCGAAGGCUGGUGAUGCUCGUGCCACGGAUACGAGAACCGAUGAACAAGAGCGUGGUAUCACUAUCAAGUCCACUGCCAUUUCCCUGUACGGCACUCUGCCUAGCGAGGACGACCUGAAGGACAUUGUCGGCCAAAAGUCCGACGGCACUGACUUCUUGAUCAACCUGAUCGACUCGCCCGGUCACGUCGAUUUCUCUUCCGAGGUUACCGCUGCUCUCCGUGUCACCGAUGGUGCCCUUGUUGUCGUCGACACCAUUGAGGGUGUCUGUGUUCAGACCGAGACUGUCCUGCGACAGUCCCUCGCUGAGCGCAUCAAGCCUGUUGUCAUCAUCAACAAGGUCGAUCGCGCCCUCCUCGAACUUCAGGUUUCCAAGGAGGAUCUGUACCAGUCCUUCUCGCGAACCAUCGAGUCCGUCAACGUCGUUAUCUCCACCUACCUCGACAAGUCUCUCGGUGACCUGCAGGUCUAUCCCGAGAAGGGUACCGUUGCCUUCGGUUCCGGUCUUCACGGCUGGGCUUUCACCAUCCGCCAGUUUGCCGUUCGUUACGCCAAGAAGUUCGGUGUUGACCGAAACAAGAUGAUGGAGCGUCUAUGGGGUGACAACUACUUCAACGCCGCUACCAAGAAGUGGACCACCAAGGGCGAGCACAAUGGCAAGCAGCUUGAGCGUGCCUUCAACCAGUUCAUCUUGGACCCCAUCUUCAAGAUCUUCGGCGCCGUCAUGAACUUCAAGAAGGAGGAGAUCGCGACCCUGCUGGAAAAGCUUGAGCUGAAGCUGCCCACUGAGGACAAGGAGAAGGAGGGCAAGCAGCUUCUGAAGGCUGUCUUGAGAACCUUCCUCCCCGCUGCCGAUUCUCUGCUAGAGAUGAUGAUCCUCCACCUACCGUCUCCCGUCACUGCCCAGAGAUACCGUGUUGAGACUCUGUACGAGGGUCCCCUCGACGACGAGGCUGCCAUUGGUAUCCGUGACUGCAACGCCAAGGGUCCCCUCAUGCUCUACGUCUCCAAGAUGGUGCCGACCUCGGAUAAGGGUCGGUUCUACGCCUUUGGUCGUGUCUUCUCCGGAACCGUCAAGUCCGGUAUCAAGGUCCGCAUUCAGGGCCCCAACUACACCCCCGGCAAGAAGGAGGAUUUGUUCAUCAAGGCUAUCCAGCGUACCGUUCUGAUGAUGGGUGGCAAGGUCGAGCCUAUCGACGACAUGCCCGCUGGUAACAUUGUUGGUCUGGUUGGUAUUGACCAGUUCUUGCUCAAAUCUGGUACCCUCUCCACUCUGGAGACCGCACACAACCUGAAGGUGAUGAAGUUCUCCGUUUCACCUGUCGUCACGCGUUCCGUGCAGGUUAAGAACGCCCAGGAUCUGCCCAAGCUGGUUGAAGGUCUCAAGCGUCUCUCCAAGUCCGAUCCCUGUGUUCUGACCUCCACCUCCCCGUCCGGUGAGCACGUCGUUGCCGGUGCUGGGGAGCUGCACCUCGAAAUUUGCCUGAACGAUCUCGAGCACGACCACGCCGGUGUUCCUCUUAUCUUCUCAGACCCCGUCGUCCAAUACAGAGAGACCGUUGCUGGCAAGUCCAGCAUGACCGCUCUCUCCAAGUCCCCCAACAAGCACAACCGUCUGUACAUGAUUGCAGAGCCCCUUGACGAGGAGCUUGCGCUGGCCAUCGAGAGUGGCAAGAUCGGACCCCGUGACGAUAUCAAGACUCGUGCACGUCUGAUGGCUGAUGACUUCGGCUGGGAUGUCACCGAUGCUCGCAAGAUCUGGUGUUUCGGUCCGGAUACUACCGGUGCCAACUUGCUGGUUGACCAGACCAAGGCUGUGCAGUACCUCCUUGAAAUCAAGGACUCUGUUGUCUCGGGUUUCCAAUGGGCCUCCCGCGAGGGUCCCGUUGCCGAGGAGCCCAUGCGUGGCACCCGGUUCAACAUCAUGGAUGUCACCCUGCACGCUGAUGCCAUCCACCGCGGUGGUGGCCAGCUGAUCCCGACUGCCAGACGUGUCCUAUACGCUGCGGCGCUUCUUGCCGACCCCGCUCUUCAAGAGCCCGUCUUCUUGGUCGAAAUCCAAGUGCCCGAGAAUGCUAUGGGUGGUGUCUACGGUGUCCUGACCCGAAGAAGAGGUCACGUCUUCGCUGAGGAGCAGCGUCCCGGUACUCCUCUGUUCACCAUCAAGGCAUACCUGCCCGUCAUGGAGUCUUUCGGCUUCAACGGCGACCUCCGAGCUGCCACUUCCGGCCAGGCCUUCCCACAAAUGGUGUUCGACCACUGGCAACAACUGCCUGGUGGCUCGCCGCUCGACGGCACCUCCAAGGUUGGACAGAUCGUCCAGACGAUGCGAAAGCGCAAGGGUAUCAAGGUCGAGGUCCCGGACGUCAGCAACCGUACUCUCGAAGAACUAGACUACGUCCUCGCUAUACCGACCGGAAAGCACAUGAAGUACCACAUGACCAAGUCGCUGCCUUUUUUCUUCAAGCGCUGGGUCUGCUUCAACAAGAACGCUCAGCUCAAGCCGCUGAACACGUUCGACCACAUCCAGGCUGAGGCCACCAGGUCUGCCAGCGUCGUGCAGUACGAGGAGGAGCGCAAGAACCGUCGCUAG